UAGCCGAUGGUCUCCCCGCCUCUAACUCCUCCUUCCCUCUCUUCUCCACAAAUGACCAAACCACCGUUUUCCAGCUCCAAAAAUUUCUCAUCCUCCUCUCAAACCCUAAUCUUACAACAAUUCCCAUUCUGUCCCUCUCUGUUUCCUAAUCUCCCGAAUGUACCACAAGCCCUGCUGCUCCAACGUACACAAUCUUCAAGUUUACAUGAUUGAUCCGAACAAUUUGGUAUUCAUUUCAUAUGAAUUUGGACUUUUGGGUUCCAAUCUUUGGAUCUGAGAAGCAAUUGGGGGAGCUUUAAUUGCGGUGAGGAUGUCGAAUAUGUAUGGUGAUUAUAACCAGAAGAUUGAUUAUGUGUUCAAAGUGGUGUUGAUCGGAGACUCGGCGGUUGGGAAAACACAGCUCCUCGCACGAUUUGCAAGAAAUGAAUUCAGUUUAGACUCCAAAGCCACAAUCGGAGUCGAAUUUCAGACGAAAACACUUGUUCUUGAUAACAAGACCGUUAAGGCGCAGAUUUGGGAUACUGCUGGCCAAGAAAGGUAUAGAGCAGUCACGAGUGCAUACUACCGAGGUGCAGUCGGAGCAAUGUUGGUGUAUGACAUGACCAAGCGUCAAUCUUUUGACCACAUGGCUAGGUGGUUGGAGGAAUUAAGGGGGCAUGCUGAUAAGAACAUUGUUAUAAUGCUCAUUGGCAACAAAUGUGACUUGGGAAGUCUUCGAGCAGUGCCAACUGAAGAUGCUCAGGAGUUCGCUCAAAGAGAGAACCUAUUCUUUAUGGAGACAUCUGCUCUUCAGGCUACCAAUGUUGAAACAGCAUUUUUAAUGAUUUUAAGGGAGAUAUACCGAAUAAUGAGCAAGAAGACCCUCGCUGCUAAUGAGGCAGAUGGUGGGGAUUCAGGGCUCCUUAAGGGGACUGCAAUUACUGUUCCUAGUCCAGAACCGGCUGGUGCCCAGAAGGGUGGCUGCUGCUUUGCCUCUUCCUAAUUUCAUUAAACUCCACUUUUUAUUUUCAUAUUUUUGGAGCAACUAUUCUGGCUGGAUUGAUUUGAAGAACGCGUAUAUACCUCGUAAACAAAGAAAAUAGUGGAUGAGGAAGGGAAAUGAAUCAGUAAACCAGAUGUCUAAUGUUAUGGAAGGGAUCGAUGGUUGGGAACAGAAAGAAUUGAUACACCUAGAAGCCUAAUUUCUGGAAACCGGCCUCCAAUAAUAUAUGGAAUAGGAAGCUGUUCUUUACCUAGAAUAUAAUUGUUCGUUAUUUAGAAUAUAAGAUUUUUUGUACAAAGUUUCUCAGGAUUCAUAUUGGAUUUCAGACACCAAAAAAAAAAAAAAGGAUUCAU